CACAAAUACAAAUAAUAGUGCCAUCACGUCUCAGAUUUAUAAUUUAAUAGUGAAUUACAGUUCUUUUAGUUUUAGAACAAAUUAAGCCUGUUUAUCGUAAAUUGUGUCCGCGGAACUUAUGUUCAGCGCCACUUUGCUUCCGGGAGCAGCUGAGGAGGUGACACACUGAUGUUUGUCAAAUAACGAACACAUUGCCAGGGUGACGAUCAUGGACGCUCUCGAGGACACCUUCAGGACUCUCUCCAUUGCCAGGAGACUGCAGCCCAGUGAGGCCACGUACAUUCUGGACCUCUCUCUUCCGUCCUGUGCCAGCAGUGAGUCAGAUUUGCUGGCUGUGUGCUGCUCCAAUUACUCUGUGCACCUGCACAGCAGAGAAACGCUCCGCCAGGUGGGAGAGUUCCAGGGUCACACAGCUCCUCUGUGUGGAGUCCGUUUCUCUCAUCUGUCCCCUCACCUGCUGUUCACCGGCUCCGCCGAUGGGACUCUGCGUUCCUGGGACAUCCGACAGCCCGGAUCUAAUGCCACCCAGGUGUUUCGCAGUGAUUCGACACAUUUGUACUGCUCGUUUGACGUGAGCUGUAAUGAUCGUGUGCUGUGUGCAGGCACGGAGCAGGUAGGGGAGGAGAGUUUUUUAGUAUUCUGGGAUGCCCGUAUGGUUCAGGAUGGAGGUGAGUCUGGCUCUAAGAUGGGCGGCCUGCUGGGAGUUUACUCAGAAUCGCACUGUGAUGACAUCACUGCGGUGAAGUUCCACCCACAGCAGGCGGACCGCUUGGCCUCUGGGGCCACAGAUGGACUUGUGAACGUGUUUGAUCUGAGUCUGGGUGGAGAGGACGAUGCUCUUGUCACCACCUGUAAUUGUGAUUCCACUACAAGCUCCCUCUGCUGGACAGGCAAAUAUCUUGACCAGCUGCUUUGUCUGACUCAUGAUGAGGGGCUACACCUGUGGGAUGUGGCUCGCCCAGACAGCGACGACACUUUGACCCUUCUGAGUUCGGCUGAUGCUCGAACACUUGUCCAGCUCCCCGAUGGAGCCUCACUUGAGUACUUCGUGGGCGGUUCAUGGAUGUCAGAUGAGGAGCGUAUUCUUUUAGUGGGAGGGAGUAAUAAUGGAAAGCUCCACCUCCUGGACUGCAGUGGGAGUGGCCUGAAGUUCAUUAAAUCCCUGAAUGGGGGUCAUUCAGCUACAGUGAGAUGCUUCCAGUGGGAUGCGGUCGCUCAAUGUCUGUUGACGGGUGGGGAGGAUGGCCAGUUGUUGCAGUGGAAGGCGGCAGCAGAGGAAAUCAGUGUGGGAAAGAAAGAUUCUCUGAAAAGCAUCUCAUCCAUGCAGCUCAAAACUAAAGCUCACAGAAAACAAGCUACAAAGAAAGACCGGUCAAAACUAGCAUGAUCACAUAUACUGCACAGGAGAAACUAAAAUUUCACAAAGAGACAGUUGACACUUGAAACAAACUGAUUAUUUGACAAAAAUCAGAGCAAUUGUAAAGUGCACUAAGCUACCUUCCUCCGAUGUCUUUUCUUUCACAAAUGUAAGGUAACAGAUCCAUAAAAAAAUGUUAUAUGGAGACUAAGUUUAAAUCUUCCACCUUAAAGGAUUAGUUCACCCAAAAAUUAAAAUUCUGUCAUUAAUGACUCACCCUCAUGUCGUUCCACACCCGUAAGACCUUCGUUCAUCUUUGGAACACAAAUUAAGAUAUUUUUAAUGAAAUCCAUGAGCUAUCUGGCCACCGAUAGACUGCAACACAAUUACCACUUUCAAGGUCCAGAAAGGUACUAAAGACAUCGUUAAAAAAGUCGACGUGACUGCAGUGGUUCAGCCUUCAUUUUAUGGCUGGCACCUGUUUCAGCAUCACACGCAUGCAUUGUGCUGCUCAUGUGAACAGCGUCGGCCAAUACUGAGUCGGUGUUCUGACGUAGAACCCGGAAGCUCUGCACUGUGUCUACAAUGUGAACAGCAUAGGAGACUGACAGGAAAAAAAGAGAAGAAAUUGUUGAAUAAAGUCAUUAUUUUUGUUUGUUUUUUGCACACAAAAAGUAUUCUCGUCGCUUCAUAACAUAAAGGUUGAACCACUGUGGUCACUUGGACUAUUUUAACGAUGUUAUUUCUACUUUUCUGGGCCUUGAAAGUAGUAAUUGUGUUGCAGUGUAUCGGACGCCAGAUAGCUCUCAGAUUUCAUCAAAAAUAUCUUGAUUUGUGUUCUGAAGAUGAACGAAGGUCUUGAGUAAGUAACGACAUGAGUAAGUAAUUAAUGACAGAAUUUUUAGGUGAACUAACCCUUUAAGAACUUUUUAUAGUUAAUAUACAGUUUUAACAGUGUUUUGUGGUUUUAAAAUGCAAGUUAACAAAUCGCUACGUAAAAAUUACAACGGUUGUCUUGUGUAGCUGUAGUCCUUAUGAAGAACAUUUUUUCACUUUUGAGGUAAAACACAUGAUGUGAAAAAGCUAAAACUGUCUCCCGGGUUUCCGGACUAUAAAUUAAACGGCUGUAAUGUAUUAAGUGUUUAUACCAUCUUGUUUUUCUGUUCAAAAUUUGUUCAUGUCAGAUCCAACUCUGCAUCAUACUCAUUACACAAAUUUUGAAUCAAAAUUUAAGUACAAUUUAAAUUAGUGAAUGGGUAUUCAUAUUAUAUAGACAUAUAUUUAUAUGAGUUUUUCUUUAAUAUCUUGACUGAAAUGUUUUUUUGUUUGUACCUUGGAGGGCUGCAUCAGCAUCACUGGGAUACAAUUUCAGGAGUACUUUCUAAUCGAUGCAAAGUGCAACCAUAAUAAUACUAUGUCAGCAUUCUCCCAAUGCAAAGGGUUUACAUUCAUUAUGGUCAUAAAUUGGGGUUAUGUUCUUAGCAAAAGGUUUUUUUUUAUUUUUUCAUUUUUUACAAAAGUACAGGUGCUGGUCAUAUAAUUAGAAUAUCAUCAAAAAGUUCAUUUUUUUAUUAUAAAUUAUUUUUUAAAAAUGAAACUUUCAUAUAUUCUAGAUUCCCUACAUGUAAAGUAAAACAUUUCAAAAGUUUUUUUUUUAAAUUUUGAUGAUUAGAGCGUACAGCUCAUGAAAGUCCAAAAUCCAGUAUUUCAAAAUAUUAGAAUAUUUCCUAAGAUCAAUCAAAAAAUGGAUUUGCAAAACAGAAAAGUUCAAGUUCUUUAAAGUAUGUUCUUUUGGGCACUCAAUACUUGAUCGGCAGGACAUAUUACAGCAAAUGACUUGCUCCUAGCACAAAUUACUGCAUCAGUGAAGUGUGGCAUGGAAGUGAUCAGCCUGUGGCACUGCUGAGGCACUAUUGAGCCUUCAGAUCAUCUGUAUAUUGUUGGAUCGACUGUUUCUCAUCUUUCUCUUGAAAAUAUCCCAUAGAUUCAGGUCAGGCAUAUUGGCUGGCCAAUAAAGCACAGUAAUAUCAUGGUCAGCAAACCACUUGGAAGUGGUUUUUGCACUGUGGGCAGGUGCUAAAGUCCUGCUGGAAAAGGAAAUCAGCAUCUCCAUAAAGCUUGUCAGCAGAUGGAAGCAUAAAGUGCUCCAAAAUCUCCUGGAAGAUGGCUGCAUUGACUUUGCACUUGAUAAAACACAAUGGACCAACACCAGCAGACGUCACGGCCCCCCCAAAUCAUUACUGACUUCAGAAACUUCACACUAGACUUCAAGCAGCUUGGAUUCUGUGCCUCUCCAGUCUUCCUUCAGACUCUGGGACCAUGAUUUCAACAUGAAAUGCAAAAUUUACUUUUAUCUGAAAAGAGGACUUUCGACCACUGUUCACUGUCCAGUUCUUUUUCUCCUUAGCCCAGGUAAGAUGCUUCUGACGUUGUCUCUGGUUCAGAAGUGGCUUGGUAGUCCUUUUCCUGAAGAUGUCUGAGUGUGGUGACUCUUGAUGCGCUGACUCCGGCUUCAUUCUACUCAUUGUGAAGCUCUCCCAAGUGUUUGAAUCGGCUUUACUUGACAGUAUUCUCAAGCUUGCGGUCAUCCCUGUUGCUUGUGCACCUUUGCCUACCCAAUUUCUUCCUUCGAGUCAACUUUGCAUUUAAUAUGCUUUGAUACAUCACUCUGUAAACAGCCACCCCAUUCAGUAAUGACCUUCUGUGACUUACUCUCUUUGUGGAGGGUGUCAAUGAUUGUCUCCUGGACCAUUGCCAAGUCAGCAGUCUUCCCCAUUAGUGUGGUUUCAAAGAACAAAAGAUACCCGGAAUUUAUACUGUAGGGAUGGUCAUUUAAUGAAACUCAAAUGUAAAUAUUCUAAUAUUUUGAGAUACUGGAUUUUGGACUUUCAUUAGCUGUACGCUCUAAUCAACAAAUUUAAAAAAAAAAAAAAAAAAAAAAAAACUUUUGAAAUGUUUUACUUUACAUGUAGGGAAUCUAGAAUAUAUGAAAGUUUCAUUUUUUAAAAUAAUUUACAAUAAAAAAAUGAACUUUUUCACGAUAUUCUAAUUAUAUGACCAGCACCUGUAUCUAUCAAAAACUGCAUGUUUUGUAUUUGUUGUUAUUUUAUCAGUUAACUAUGGGCCAACACAUAAGAACCUUUAAAAUUGUAAAUGGUAAAAACAAGAAAUUGGUUGUUUUUGAUCUCAAGUUUCUUAUGCUCAUAUGCUCACAUUUUUUCUGACUCACUUGUCUUUUUUUUUUUUUUUUUUUUUUUUUUACAGUUGAAUCUCAUUAAUAAUUCUUGGAUAACUACCGAGUGCUUUGAAAUGCAAAUGUGAGGUUUAAACAGGCGGCGUUUGUCUGAGAUUUAUAAGCUCCCCAGUGUCAUGCACCUUCAGAGUACAUUCUACAAUCUUCAGUGUUUGAUUGUCACAGUGUAAACACAGAUUGUAAGAGUCCAGCUAAGAUUUCCGAGGUAAUUCAAGCCUGGUGAGGUUUAAUAUGCUGAACACAAGACAUGCCACAACAGUUCCAUCCUAUCUUUCGGAAACUGCCUCGCCCUCAAUAACAUUUAACAGUGUUACAGAACAUGAUGUGAAUUUGGUAUUUGGCACCCAGCACAGGAAAUGACAGCUGAGCGAAAUUGAGAAACUGUCAUUUGUGUGGGGUUUGUGGAUAUUAUGUGUGUUGUAAACGCCUUUAAAUAAACUGAAGAUUUUCAAAACA